AAGAGACACCCAUCAUGUGCAAAACAUCUUUUUCCGAUGAUCGACAGGCAUUGCUUCCCAUAAUCUUUAUGGGCUUAAUUAUCCAGACAUGAUUUUUGGCAAGUGAUGAUAAGAUUCUGUUUCCAAGAAAAAGCUUUGCUUAUAAGUAAGAGUAUGGAGCAAAGAAUACCAAUCUCAUGACUGUCGACCAUAGCAGUUUAGAAUAUCGAAUUGUCUAAAGAAAACCGUAACUACGUCUUUGCAUAAUUUGGCUCGACAUCAACAGAUAUACAUUUCCCUUUCUUUCCUUCUUCCAACCAUUCACACAGACAACUGCAAGUUAUGAAUAUUCAUCUGAAGUCUUGCAUGCAAACAUGAGAUAAUAAUGUGUGCUGCAGCCAAGGAUGACUUGCCGGAAGCAACCAACUUCUCUUCUUCUUCUGUUAUUUACAGGUACAUAAUAUGUUCAUCAAAUAAAAUUGGCCCUUCGGGGUAUAACGUACGAUAAAGAAAAUUAGUUCAGAUCAUAGGUUACGAUUUGUUUAGCUACGAACACCAGCGUUACAUCGUGGAUUAGUGGCAUUUAGGAAGAAGUAGGUGUGUUUUGACAGGAGAUUACCGGCAAGUUGUCCCUGGCUACAUGUCUGUCUCAUGUUUACAUGUUAGAUCUCCAUGAUGAUAUACAAAAAUGGCGAGGGGAGAGGCCAAGAUUCAACAUGCCAUGACAGUAAAAUUUCCAGAUGACUUCAUAAUCUUCAUUGGCCAUUUUUCUAUUACCUGGACGCGUCACCAGAAUUUCUAGGGUUGGAAACAUCCUCAUGGUUCAGAAUUAUAUAUGCACAGCAAGUGCUGCGGGUAAAGAUAGAAUAAUAUAUAUUGCAGCCUAUCAGAGGUUUACACAUAGGAUUGAACUCCAACAUGCACAUUAGUACAAAAGCUUGCCUUCCCCUGUCACUCCAGAUCGGAACCAACCACUGUAGAGCUCAGCUUCAAAGAAAAGAACUGAGGAGAAAAAAAAAUGAAGGCGGGAGGAGGACCAGUUGUUGAGGCUACGGAAGCAUCGAAACCGAUCCCAAAAAUCAAGGUGAGGAAAUUGCUCUCUGUCCUAGACUUUACUCUUCGAGUCGUUGCAGUCCUCGGAACAUUAGCCAGUGCCAUAGCUAUGGGAACUAGCAGGGAAACACUUCCCUUCACUGCGCGGUCAGUUCGCUUCAGGGCUCGGUACAAGGAUCUUCCCACGUUAACGUUCUUUGUGAUUACCAAUUCUAUCGUAUGCGUCUACCUUGUGCUUUCCCUUCCUGUAUCUAUUGUCCAUAUCAUCUGGACUGCAGCAGUAAACAGUAGGAUCAUCUUGAUCAUCUCCGACAUGGUGAUGAUGGGACUUGUAACUGCCGGAGCUUCAGCUGCUACAGCCAUAGUGUACCUGGCGCACUACGGGAACCCCUCCACCAGCUGGUUCGCUUUCUGUCAGCAGUUCAACAGCUUCUGUGAACGCAUUUCCGGGUCUCUCAUUGGCUCCUUCGUCGCCAUAACUGUACUUGUAUUGCUAAUCAUCAUGUCAUCCGCGGCAAUUUCUCGACGUUGAUGUGCUGUAAGCAACUGUUGGCGAUGAAUGCCAUCUAUUUGUGUGAAUACAAAUAUGAAUUUGCAAGUGUGUGAUAGGAAGAUUUGCUCUAGUAAUUAUCACAUAUAUCUUGUGUAAAUUUAAUUAAACUUUAAACCAUAUUUACGAUAUCUAAUUACAA